UGCUGCUGCUGGACCGGUGCAUAAAUAUAGGUAAUAGUCUUGCGUAGCAACUACCAUCUCUGUCCGGCUGCUGCGCUGCCAAGUUUUAUAUAUAUAUUUCUUUUUUCUCCGGGUGCUGCUGUAAAACCGUAAACAAAAGGUAUAAGAACUCAUUUGCCUCCUCCUUCUCCCGACUCCUUCCCAUGUGUGUGUAGCAGUAGAGGGAUGUGUGUGAGCUGCAUACCAAAGCCAGCUGCUUUUUUAGUCAUCACGAGGGGAAAAGGUAAAAAAGAAGAUGGAGGAACUCUUGAUAAAAAAAAAAUAGGGAGAGAAAUAUCUAACUAGGCCUAUAAGAAAAAUGACGUUGUAGUAUAAUGACGUUAGAUUUCCAAGAAGAAGAUGAAAAUGAUUUUCUUUUGAUCAGCGCAUUUUUACGGUCAAUGUCUUUUGCGGAGAAAGAAGAAGAAGAAGAAAGAAGCUGGUCGUCGGUCGUGUUUCUUUUGCCACUGCUUUUAUUACUGCUUGGUGCAGCUUCUUUUUUUGGCCAUCUUGCCCAGCUCCUAUUCACCAGCCGAGGAGAGACACUACUAUAAGGUAGCCGCCAUGAUGGGGCUGGGCUGCCGUAACACCGAAGUGGAAGGAGAAGAAAGAAAAAGAAUAAAAGAGGAGGAAAGAAGAAGAAGAAGAAGAGAAGAGAGAGAAGAUAGAAAAAGAACAAGAAACCCGUGUGUGUGUGUUACGUUGGCAUGUCGCAGGUAGAUACGCCAGAGGGUUCCUCCUUCUCCUGGACGCUCUGCAUGUGUGUGUGUGUAAGGGCUCCCAGGUAGUAGUCAGAAAAGAGGGGAAGAGAAUAAGAAGAAGCAGAAGAAGAAGAGGGGAGAGAGAGAGAGACGGGAGGUGAUGUGGUAGCGCGCAAUAAGAGGGCAGAAAACACAGGUAAGAAGGAGGCCGAAUAUGGAGAGAGAAGCUGUUGGGUUACUCUGUCCUCAUUCCCUCCCUUUCUCUAUCUCUUAUAAGAAGUUCACCAGCAAACACACCCGUUCCCCCCUUCCCACCCCACUCGAACCACCCUACUCCCUUAUAAGCAACUUCUUUUUUGUUUUCUUUCUUAUCACGCGGAGGGGCAGCCAAGUUGUUAUGCGCGCCCCAAGAAGAAGGAGGGAGGAGCAGGAGCAACACACACACGAGAAGUUCCAAGUUAGGAGACUGAAGAAGAAGGGGGGGGGGGAAGAAGGGGGGAGGAGCAGGGCGGUCGAAGGAGAAAAAAAAAACGUACGUACACCGGAGGCAACAGGUAGCUUGAUAGACCAGUCUGUUGUGCCGCGCCGGGACGGAUUCACGCUACCGACCGGAUAUGUUCCAGUCAUCGUCUUGAGACAGAGCAGCACAGCAGCAAAGUUUGAGACUCUUCCAGGCUCCGACAAAUCAUUUCCAUUUCGUGUCCUCCGAAUUUUUGAUUAUCUCGAAACUUACCGUGUCGUUUUCUGUGAGUUGCGUGUGUGUCACAUUUGAAUUUUUGUCUUUUUCUCACGUUUGAUUUUUUAUUUUCUGGGAAAAAGAAAUUUGGUUGUCGAAUUUUCAAGUUUCUUUGAUUUUGUUGUUGGUUUCUUCUAAUAACCUCCGGCGGAUGUCUACUUGGUAGUUAUACACUAGUAGCAGCUCAAUAGCAGUUUAGUUUAGAAGUUGUUGGAUGUGCAGAUGUGAAACAGCUGCUGGCGUUCCACGUUCAGUUUCCAGUGUCUUGCGGCCUCCUCGCCGCUGCUUUCGUGCUUUUUUGUGUGUGUGUCUGGUUCGGCCGUCUCUGCUGCUGGCCAACGACGACGUUUCGUCAGCCAAGAAGAAGAAGAAGAAGAAGAAAGUGCUUCUGUUUGUUGCAUCGACAAUCGGCCAUUUCUCCAAAGUGGAACAACUUCUCGGUUAAUCGCCGAGCAAUUUCAGUGGAAUUCCAUCGUCUGAUUUUCUCAGUCGAGGCAUCAGGUUGAAGAGGUCGACCUACCACCAAGGAUAUUAUAACAACAUCUGCACGGAGGCAGAAAUUAGGAGCCGAAUCAGGUUUCCUACAUACUGGAGUGCCCGAAAGGAAGGAAGGAAGAGAUAAGGAAAAUUUGUGUUGCCCCUGAGACAGUGGCGCUUAUGUCUCCGGAUUGAACAGUCGCGCCUACGUUGCGCUCCUGAAUCCCAGCCCCGUUUGAUAGUUUUUCGGUGGAUUGUGUGACCCAGCGUUUAGGAAAACGAGAACUCAAAGGACGUCGGGAUCAUGGCCGACUCGAAGGAGUCGCGUUUGUCGUCGUCCGGUUUCAUGGCGCCGCCGCCGCACGGACUGGGCGGCUAUCCGCACGUUAUGCACAUGUCGGCCGCUCACGCGGCCGGACUGAGGGAAGUGUCGGCCUUCCGGCCGGUGGUGCCGUCGCGAUCGGUGGCCAACAUCAUGCCGUCCUUCCUGGACGAGAGCUCCUCGUCGCAGAAGGCCAGCAGCAGCAGCACCGAUGCGGCCAGCGGCAAGAACAAUUUCGACUACUCCAACAGCAGCAGCAGCAACAACCCGACAGGGUCCAGCCGAGACAAAAACGGUGGCAACGGACCCCCUGCCACUGCGACAAGUUUGCGCCCGGGUGACAAAAGGACGGCCGAGGAAUCCUCGUUGGGUCCGCCGCCAGCCCAUCCGCCACCACCGUCGUCGUCCUCCUCUUCCUCAUCUUCUUCCUCGUCGUCCUCCAACCGCCGACCGGCCGGAGGCAACGGAGGAGGUGGUCGAGUCCUCGAGCCCCUGGCUGCCUCAUCCGCAUUCGCGCUGGGCAAAUCGGGUCCGUUCCCCGUGUUCCCGCCCUCUCAGUCGCAGCACCAGCAGUCGGGACACCAGCAGUUCGCUGGGCACUACGACACUUUCUCGCCCGUUUUCUCGUCGCCUUUUGACCGCCGUUUGAUUUCGCGCGGGAGCGGAGGCGGCGGAGUCUCCUCUUCGUCGUCGUCGGCCGUCUCUUCCGGCAUCGCUCCCGGCCGCGCUUCCCGCCCCAAGAAGCAAUUCAUCUGCAAGUUCUGCAACCGCCAGUUCACCAAGUCCUACAAUUUGCUCAUCCACGAGCGGACCCACACCGACGAGCGGCCCUACUCUUGCGACAUUUGCGGAAAGGCCUUCCGCCGACAGGAUCAUCUCCGUGACCACCGUUACAUCCACUCGAAAGAGAAGCCGUUCAAAUGCGCCGACUGCGGCAAGGGUUUCUGCCAAUCGCGGACGCUGGCCGUCCACCGCAUUCUGCACUUGGAGGAGUCGCCGCACAAGUGCCCAGUCUGCGCCCGCAGCUUCAACCAGCGCUCCAACCUCAAGACCCAUUUGCUGACGCACACGGACCUCAAACCAUACGAGUGCUCCUCUUGCGGCAAAGUCUUCCGGCGCAAUUGCGACUUGCGUCGCCACGCCCUGACUCACGCCGUCGGCGACGUCGGCACCGAGAGCGAGAGCAACGACACUUCGCUCCACUCGCCCGGAUUGCAGCCGUCGAUCGUCGUCAAAUCGUCCGGCGGGAUGUCGUUGGUCCACUCCAACCGCCCGUCCGACCUGGAGGCCGGUCCCAGCGGCUCCAAAUCGGCCAUGGAUUACGUGGACACGUCGGAAGAUUCGUCCGACUCUUGCGAUUCCUUCAUCUCAGUCACCUCGUCUCCCGUGCCGACCUCCUCGGCGGCCGCCCUACUCCGCCAGACGGAAGCGGCAGCAGCCGCUGCGGCCGCCGCCGCCAGCGCCACCAAGGAUGUCGACGUCAACCCGGAAAUUGUCCGCUUACCUCCUCAACCACCUCCACCUUUAGUCCAGUUGUUACCGCCUCCUGCCCCUCCAGCAGCCCGUCCGAUGAAUCCGUCACGGCCGUCCGGCUUCAGCAUAGAGGACAUUAUGCGUCGCUAAAAAACAAAAUGAACCGAACGACACACGAAGAAGAGAAGAAAAUUGACGUUCCUUUUUCGUUUCGUUUGAGUGUGUCCGAGUCGACGUCCGAUACGUAUAAAAUGUACAGCACCUUCGACGAGCGUGAAACAAACAAUUUGCCCGAUGUGAGUGUUGAACCCGAGACGAGUUUUGUGACGAGCGCCAAACGGUUUGAACGUUUUGAAACUUUUUUCCCACAAAAUACGGCGCUGAUGACCGAUCUCAGCAGCAGCCGACAAACAACAUUCGCGAUGUGUGGUGUGCGCUUCUGUGAUAUACUCAAUCGUUUUUUAUUUUGAUUUUUCUAAAUUUUUUAAAUUCGAGAAUUUUAUUUCCUUAUAUUUUCUUAUUCUUCUUUUUCGACCCAUAUCCCAACGCCCGACGUUCACGGAGGAAAUUUAACACAAAAAAAAACAAUCUUUUAAAAAAUGCAGGAGAUAUCAACGCUAUGACUAUUCUACUAUCGUGCAAAGUAGUUUGGAUCGUGCCAAAUCAUUCCCAAAAUUUUCUUCUUUAUCCAAAUUUUGUUUUCCCAGUUCUUUUUAUCUUCUUCAUAUUCCCGCCUUUGAUGAUUUUCUGUUUUCUGCCCCGGUCUCUCUCUCUCUGUGCUCGUGUCUUGCUCUUAUCGAGAAGAGAUUUGUACACACACGCACUUGAUCAUCUUCUUCUCUAUUCCCGUUUUUAGCUCUCUCUCUCUGCGUGCAGUAUCUCAUGUGAUGAAGGAUAUGCUCGGCUGUGGAAGUUUUUUUUUUCGUGACAGCAGCUGCUGGUAAAUGAACAUAAUCCCAAUGGCUGUCGAUUUCUCCUUGUAAAAAAAGAAAAAAAUUGCCUCUCUCUCUCUACUCUUUUUUUGAAUAGAUAAUACAAGUACAGAGGGAAGUGUAUAGUUGCAUAAUAAAAAGGCAGAAGAAACGAGGAAUGGAAUGAAUGUGUGGGGGAUAAAGAGUUUAGAAGAAAGAAAGAAAGAAAAAAAUAACUACACAGGCAGCAGCAGCAGCAGCCUCACCAACUGACUGGAAUGAUGCUACUCAUUCCGCUGCUGUUGCUGCUUCCACUUCUUCUUUUUAUUUUUUUUAUUUUUAAAGCUCUGACGCUCUCAGGUGCGCGCGCUGACGACCAUCUGUGGCCUUCCUGCUGGGAUUGUAUAGGUUUUCUCCGAGGCACACAACAAUUUUUUUUCUUCUUUCUCAUUUUUGGGGUUGUUUUUUUUUUGUCUUCUUCAGUUUCUUUUCAGUUUUCACUCAAGACUCUCGCUACUCUCCCCCUGGAAAAAAAAGAAAUCCCGAGACCCCACCUUUAACCAUCUCUAAAAAUACAAACAGGUUGAAUGGAUAAGAAUAGACGAAAUUCCAAUCUCUUCUUGUCUAUAACAAAGAAUAUGAAGAACCCCCACGAUAAAAUAAUAGUUAUGUAAGUUUCACAGACAGAGAGAGAGAGAGAGAAUGCCAACGCAGAAAGGAGAAUAAGAAAUGUCUUGUGUGUUUUGCUGUUAUCGAAAACCUCAAUUGUAAGGAAGGAGAAGAAAAAAAAAAAACAAUUUGCGAUCAAUCAACCAGUGCGGGAUCAUAUCGUGCAUGUGUGUGUGUGUGUGUGUCUGUUCAAAUUUCUUUUUGUCCGUCUCUAUAUUUUUUUUGUCUGUGUCGUGUACUGUGUCUGUUAUAUAUCUAUAAUAUGCUGGUGAAUACAAAAAUCAGGUAUUCAUGUU